UCUAGCAUUUGUGUGUAAAAGAGCUGCUCCUUACUUUUGCUGUAAACACAGCCUUCAAAUGCAGGCUGAAAAGAUGAGGAAGGCAGCAAGGACCAACUGUUCUUGCAAAAUGUAAUCUAUAUAUUUUGGCAGUGAAAGCUGCAUAGAUCUUGGACCUGGAUAGCUUUGCAUUGAUGGCAUCUCUUGCUCUGUACAAACUAAGAAAAUAUUUAUUCACCAUCCUAACUCAUAGAGAAACGGAAGAGUUUUGGAAAUGAAACUAUGUUGAUACUUGCUCAUUUGAAUAAGCAUAUUUAUUAUGAGUGUCUUUCCUAGCGACAUCCCAUAUACCGCUUCUGUCAAUAAUCACCGAGGAAGGAGGACAACAACUCAAAAUAAUUUGUGCAUGCUUUUUCCUUUUCACUUGAACAUCCAUUUUCUAGCCAAAUCCCGAGAAUGGCUGAGGAUUGCAUUUUUCUAGAUAUGGAAUUCAGUGACUUUAUUCUUUGUAAUGUCUCUACUGAUCAACAUUCAAAUUUCUCUCUCUCAGGCGAGGACUUGUUUUAUUACAGAUUCCUCUAUGCAAUUCCGGCUAUUUAUGGGUUCAUCAUUUUGACUGGGCUGGUUGGCAAUAUCACCCUGAUCAAAAUCUUCUGUACGGUAAAGUCCAUGAGAAAUGUCCCUAAUUUGUUCAUUUCCAGUCUGGCUUUUGGAGACUUGCUCCUUUUGAUCACCUGUGUUCCUGUGGAUGCUAGCAGAUACUUGUCUCCUGAAUGGCUCUUCGGUCGAGUGGGAUGUAAACUUAUCGCUUUCAUCCAGCUUACUUCAGUGGGGGUGUCAGUUUUCACCCUCAUGGCUCUCUCUGCAGACAGGUAUAAAGCUAUAGUGAGACCAAUGGACAUCCAAGCUUCACAUGCUGUGCUGAAGAUUUGUUUGAAAGCUGCCACGAUCUGGGUUUUCUCCAUGCUGCUUGCUAUUCCAGAGGCUGUGUUUUCAGACUUGCGCCCUUUCUAUGACAGGAGCACUAAUAAAACAUUUAUUAGUUGCACACCUUACCUACAUACCAAUGAACUGCAUCCCAAAAUUCAGUCCAUGGCUUCCUUUCUCAUCUUUUACAUAAUCCCCCUCUCUGUUAUUUCAGUAUACUAUUAUUUCAUCGCAAAAAAUUUGAUUCGGAGCGCUUACAAUCUGCCAAUGGAAGGAACUACCCAGGUUAGAAAGCAGAUGGAAUCUCGGAAACGCCUUGCCAAGACAGUGCUAGUUUUUGUUUGUAUCUUUGCUUUCUGUUGGCUCCCUAACCAUAUCAUCUACUUAUAUCGGUCAUACCAUUAUUCAGAGGUGGAUACAUCUGUCCUGCACUUUAUCACUUCUCUUUGUGCUCGAAUCCUGGCAUUUAUUAACUCUUGCAUAAACCCUUUUGCCUUGUACUUGCUCAGCAAAAGUUUUCGGAAACAGUUUAACCACCAAUUGUCCUGUUACAAAGCCCGUCUCCUAAUUCGAUCUCAGAGUACAGCCAGAAGUACCACAAGGGGGACAUCCUUCAAGAGCACUAACCAGCAGUCCAUGAUCGCCUUCACUUUUAUCAAUGGCAACAACUGCCAUGAAGAAAAUGUACAGUAUGCAUUAAAUUAACAUCCACUGCAAGAGCUCUCUAGCCAUCGCUGCCUAUUUGUAUGUCCUAGUCAGAAAGAAAUGUACAUAUGUACACAGAGAAAUGGGUUAGUGACCAGACAAUGAACUUGGCAGCAUGCAAGAAAUGUUUAAUGCAGAGUUGAAGGGCUGCCUGUACCUGCACUUUGUUUUUACGGUUUUGCAUUAUAACAUGCUGAUCCCUUUUAAUUCACAUUGUGUGGAUCAUGUUGUCCAGCCUGGUACCUUCCAGAUGUAUAGGGACCGCAACAUCCAGCAUUCCCACAAUGCUGGGAGUUGGAAUCAAACACAUGUGGAGGGCACCAGUUAGAGAAAGGGUGGUCUAGAGCCAAACAAAGGCAGAGGACCAAAGGAAGGGAAAUCAUUUUAGACAAGCUAUUUUUGAUAUAUGGAGCUUUGGACUUUUAUUUAUUGCUGGAAUGAGCCUGUCCCUCUCUGUGUUCCCUGCAAUGUACAAAAA